UGCGCAAAAACGCCACAUGGUUAGCAGCAAGUUCCAGGAGCUUCAAGAUGGGUGCUAGUUAACAAGACGUGGGAUAUUUAACCUCAGCUAUUCGUGUUAAAGUCAAGACAAGUUCAGUUUUCCGCUCUCGGCUUGGAUAAGUUGUACUGUCCUUAGAAAUGGGGAAAACAAAGACUAAGAACCAAAAGAAAGGCCGCGAGGCUGCUCGUCGUGUGGCCGAGGAGACGUUCUCCACUGUUCCGCACACCUUCGUGUUCCAGCGGGGACAGAUCGGCAGGAAUGUCGGUCAGCUGGUGUUGGACAUGAGACGAGUCAUGGAGCCGUUCACUGCCAGAUCUUUAAAGGUGCGGAAGAAAAACGUCUUGAAAGAUUUUGUUGCAGUGGCCGGACCAUUAGGAAUCACGCACUUCUCAAUAUUUACCAAAACAGAAAACAGUAUAAACAUGAGGCUUGCACGUCUUCCCAAAGGUCCAACGUUAUAUUUCCAUGUUGCGAAGUACGCCCUCAUCAAAGAUGUAAUUUCAUCUUUAAAGAGGCACAGGAUGCAUGAACAGCAGUUUUCCCAUCAUCCUUUGCUAGUGCUGAAUAAUUUUGGCACGGAGGGCAUGCACAUCAAGCUGAUGGCCACCAUGUUCCAGAACAUGUUCCCCUCGAUCAACGUACACAAGCUCAACCUAAACAGCAUCAAGAGAUGUGUGCUGUUAAAUUAUGAUCCCGUAUCCCAGGAGGUGGAGUUUCGUCAUUACAGCCUGAAGGUGGUGCCCGUGGGCAUGAGUCGAGGCGUGAAGAAGCUCAUGCAGGAGAAGUUUCCCAACAUGAGCAAGCUGGAGGACAUCAGCGAGCUCCUCAUGAAAGGUGUCAACCUUUCAGAGAGCGAGGCAGAGCAGGACGGGGACCACAACAUCACAGAGUUGCCACAAGUGUAUUCGGGUCGUGGAAACAUGGCUUCGCAGCAGAGUGCAGUUCGGCUAACUGAGAUUGGCCCCAGAAUGACUCUGCAGCUGGUGAAGAUAGUAGAAGGCAUGGGGGAAGGAAAAGUGCUUUAUCAUUCCUUCGUCUCGAAAACAGAGGAAGAGCUUCAGGAGAUCCUGAAAAGGAAGGAAGCCCGUCUGAAAGAGAAAGAAGAACGAAAGAGAAAGCAAGAACAGAACAUUGCCUUAAAAAAAGAAAAACGAGAUCAGAACAAGAAAAGGAGCUUGGAGGGCAUUAAGAGAAAGCGGCCACAGGAAGGGCAGGUAUCUGAUGAUGAAGUGGAGGAUCCUGGGAUACCGGAGGACCAGGCUCCAGCCGAGGAGUCUGAGGACGAAGCAGAGUAUUACAGACAGGCUGUGGGGGAGGAACCAGACCAAGACAUGUUUCCUAGUGCAAAAAGGAAGCGUGGUCCUGGAAAGUCUCCAAUACCCUUUAAAAAGAGGAAGCUGUCACCAGGGAAGGGCCCUCCUCAUAACAAAAAGAGCUUUAAGUCGCCUGACAGGGGAAGUAAAGAUGGCAGAAAGCGGUUUGGAGAUAGAAAACCGCUAGAGGGGAGAAACAGGUUUCGAAAGAGCGAAGGAGGCAAAAAGUUUGGCCAAAAAGGGGGAAAAGGCAGUAGAUUUGCUGGGCAGAAAAAAGAGAUGCUGGUAAGAAGUUUGGCGGACAGAAAUCAUUUAAAGGACGUGCUGUUAUGAAACGACAGAAAGGUGCUGGAGGAAAAAAGGACUUGAAACACAAAAAAGAAAAAAACUAAAGGAACUGAAAACAAGGUUGGACACAUCUAAACCACAAGAUGGGACUGUUGCUUCACUGAUGCAUCAUGUAUUACAUGCUGAUGUAUCAUUGCGACAAAAACAAGCAAAUCAAUGCUGCUUUAUGUUAGACUUGUGGCUUGUAUAAAUGUUCAUAGAUUUGGAUGCAUUUUACCAAUAAAUCCUUUUAAACCAUCAA